AAAAAUUCUAUUUCUCUUCCUCCUUGAGCUUGUACCUUCUUCCUCUCCCCACCCUUUAAUGCAACAAUGGGAAAUUGUUGCUCUCACGGACGGGACUCAGCCGGAGAUGGACCAAACCAUCAAAAUGUAGCAACCGCUUCAAACACCGGCCAUCCGGCUGGUCCAACUGCUGAACCUUCUGUAGCACAAUCCAAACACGCGCCUCCUUCUCCUCCUCCUGCAACAAAACAAGGUCCUAUAGGGCCUGUCUUAGGUCGACCCAUGGAAGAUGUCAAAGCUUCAUAUUCUCUAGGGAAAGAGCUUGGGAGAGGCCAGUUUGGAGUCACGCACCUCUGCACGCAGAAGGCUACAGGUCAGCAAUUUGCUUGCAAGACCAUUGCCAAGAGGAAGCUUGUGAACAAAGAAGACAUUGAGGAUGUAAGAAGGGAAGUGCAGAUAAUGCAUCACCUGACUGGUCAGCCAAACAUUGUGGAGCUUAAAGGAGCUUAUGAGGAUAAGCAUUCUGUGCAUUUGGUCAUGGAGCUUUGCGCAGGUGGAGAGUUGUUCGAUAGGAUUAUAGCUAAAGGGCAUUACUCGGAGAGAGCAGCUGCUUCUUUGCUAAGAACGAUUGUUCAGAUUGUGCAUACUUGUCAUUCCAUGGGUGUUAUUCACAGGGAUUUGAAGCCUGAGAACUUUCUGUUGCUCAACAAAGAUGAGAAUUCUCCUCUCAAAGCCACCGACUUUGGGCUGUCGGUUUUCUAUAAGCCAGGAGAGGUGUUCAAGGAUAUUGUGGGUAGUGCUUAUUACAUCGCACCAGAGGUUUUGAAAAGGAAGUAUGGACCAGAAGCCGAUAUUUGGAGUAUUGGUGUCAUGUUGUAUAUCCUCCUAUGUGGUGUCCCACCCUUCUGGGCAGAUGUUUUUUCUUUUGUAUUCAUGUGUUGUUGUGUUUACCUGAUCGUAGAAUCGGAGAAUGGAAUAUUCAACGCCAUCCUAAGGGGACACGUCGAUUUCUCGAGUGAUCCAUGGCCAGCCAUCUCGCCUCAGGCGAAGGAUCUUGUUAAGAAGAUGCUCAACUCUGAUCCCAAGCAAAGACUAACUGCUGCUCAAGUUCUCAACCAUCCGUGGAUCAAGGAGGAUGGAGAAGCACCAGAUGUUCCUCUUGACAAUGCGGUGAUGUCCAGGCUCAAGCAAUUCAAAGCAAUGAACAAUUUCAAGAAAGUUGCAUUACGGGUGAUAGCAGGUUGCUUAUCAGAGGAAGAGAUCAUGGGAUUGAAGGAGAUGUUUAAAGGUAUGGACACUGAUAGCAGUGGAACAAUUACACUCGAGGAGCUAAGACAGGGGCUUGCUAAGCAAGGUACACGGUUGUCAGAAUACGAAGUCCAGCAGUUAAUGGAAGCUGCUGAUGCUGACGGUAAUGGAACGAUAGACUAUGGUGAGUUUAUCGCAGCCACAAUGCAUAUUAACAGACUUGACAGAGAAGAACAUCUCUACUCAGCCUUCCAACACUUUGACAAAGACAACAGUGGAUAUAUCACUAUGGAAGAGCUGGAGCAAGCCCUCCGGGAGUUUGGCAUGAACGAUGGCAGAGACAUCAAAGAGAUCAUUUCUGAGGUUGAUGGAGACAAUGAUGGUCGGAUAAACUAUGAAGAAUUUGUGGCAAUGAUGAGAAAAGGAAACCCGGAUCCUAUCCCAAAGAAACGGCGUGACCUUUCGUUUAAAUGAACAAUUGUUGAGGUAGAGGAAGAGAGAAGAUAGAAAGAGAGCAGAACAAGAGUCGAGAAACUCAUCUUCCUUUUCACUACGAAAGAUAAGGCAUCAAGAGAGAAAUAUUAUUCCAAGUAUGCUCGGAUUGCUAAUGAUUGAACUGGAGGAGAUCGUUUAAGGGAGGAGAAGGCUCAACAAGGGGAAAACAAAAAAAAAAUACAUUAAGUGGGGAUUUGGGGAUGUGUUUGAUUUAUGUACAUUUUAUUUUCUAGUUUGUCUACUACUGCUUCAAGUGCCAUGGGUUUCUCAAUGUACUUAUAACUCUUUUUCAAUUCUCUUUUACGUUUUAGUGAAUAUUUGGUCUUACUUCCUCGCAAAGCACUCGACACCAAUCAUGAAAAGAUACAAAGCUAAACAGAAGAUCAACAAUGGCAAAGCCUGUGUAAACCCAAAACCAAAUUGACUUAGA